AUGUUAUCAGUUGUCAAAGACGUAUAUCAGAAAUGUUUGUCGUGUCCUUUCGAAGGAGCAACGGCUGAAGCCAAGUCUAGCCUGCCCCAAAGAGCUUAUUACGGCAUGCACAGUAGUGUCACCAACGCAAGACGCUCAAGACAUGAAAUCAAGAAGUCCGAUAAGGCAGGUGAAGGCAAAAGGAGGGGGGAGGUCUUCCUACUCCAUGUUCGGCCCUCUGAUUUGAGCGUUGAAGCAGAAAUCUCUGUUCUCAUGUUCCCUUCAAUUAUUCUCAGAUAUCCUUUCAAGCCUCUCUUCAGGCACUAUGAAAACAAGUCCCAUCGUGAAGGUGAUAUGGAAAACGCUCAGUUCUGCCGCCUACUACAGCUUCCGAGGACCGGCAUUCUCCUCCUAUCAAAAAAGAAACUCUGGCAGCCCGUUGAAAGGUACGUCCAGAUGGGUUUCAAGCUACGCUUCUGCAUCCAACGUGAAAUCUACCUGCAAGCCAAGCAUGACAUGCUGUACGAGCAAAUCAACGAAAACCCAUCAACAGGAGACACGUCCACUUGGGUGAAUGAGAUGCAGACCUACAAAACGGAACUCAAGUCUUUGAACGAAACAAUCUGCAACCUGGAACGAGAGACGCAUCGCUGUAUGAGUACAAUUCCCGACGGUCCCCUGAAGCGGAUGCUAUGUGCACAUGAAGAAAAGGAGAAUUGGUAUCUGUCGAAGUUUCUGCGCGAGGAAUGUACGCACUCCGGGGGAUGCUGUGGCCGGGAUUGCGGAUGCUGCGAGAAACUGAGAAAUGAUAAGCGUCCGCUCCAUAGAAGCCAUUGUACUUCGAUGUGCCUAUGCUGUGAAAAGGCAAGGGAGUAUCCUAUCAACGUUGAUAACUAUGAGGAUGACCCGAUGAUCGUGGAUGUCUUUCUUCGCGGCUGGCGCGAGUUCUCCCAUUCCUAUGCGGGAAAAUGGGUGAAUGCUUAUGUCUUUGGAUUUAAAACCCUUGGAUCCCAGGCAUCUUAG